AUGCGUUAUGGUUUCCUUACAACCUACAACGAAACCAUCUUCCUAAAACAAGAGUGCUUCGAGGGAUCUACGUGGGGUCUUCUUGUUUCUCCUCGGGUUCCAUUCGACACAAGGGCAAAUAGAGAGACUCAUAUUGUCUCUCUUCGUCAGUGCUUAUACUACCUUAUGCAUGUUACCGAAAGCCCCAAAAAUCGCAUUGCGAAUAACACUACUCCCACGUCAUAUAAGUGGGUUAGCGAUAAGUCUCCGAAAGACUUGACCCAACCCCAACUUCAUACCCCCGUUAGCCAGCAACCUCAAACCACAGUCGAGCUCCUACAGCAUCUAGCUCAGUCACCUGAGCUUAAAACUGACCUUUCUUCUAUCACUGGCCGGAUCAAGCUUCACUAA